AUGAGACAAGCGAUGGAGGAUGGCGUCAGCGAGGUUCUGUCCAGCGUCGUGGACGACGUCGGUCAAGCCGUCGACAGGAACAUCAGCGGCGCUCAGCUGCUCUACGAGCUCCUGAGCGCUCCGUGGCUGCGAGCCCUGCUGAAGAUUUACGAGUGCCUGCUGCAGUUCCAGAGACUGUCGCCGAGCCCCUUCCUGCCUUACGCCUCAGGACUCUCACACGAGAUCAUGACAGUGAUCCAGAAGACUCACCGACCUUCAGCUGAAGCCAGAGAACUCUACGGCCUCCUCAGCUCGCCACACAUCCAGGCCCUCCUGUCGACCCACGACAGCGUGGCACAGUCAGACUAUGAACCCGACCUGCCGCCUCUACCUGAAGACCUACCUGAGGACGAGGAGGCCAUGAGGAUCGUCUGCCUCGUGAAGAACAACCAGCCUCUGGGGGCGACGAUCAAGAGGGAUGAGGAGACGGGAGAGAUCUACAUCGCCCGGGUGAUUCACGGAGGACUGGCCGAUCGCAGCGGACUCCUCCAUCCCGGUGAUCUGUUAGUGGAGGUGAAUGGAAACCCAGUGGGAGGCCUGGAGCCAGAGCAGGUCAUCCAGAUACUGACCAACUCUUACGGCACCAUCCUGUUCAAAGUCAUUCCAAAUCCAGGUCAGGCCAGCAGCAACCAGAAGCCGGUGUACAUGAAGGCGAUGGUGGACUAUUGCCCCCUGCAGGACGCCUCCAUCCCCUGCCCCGAUGCCGGGAUGCCGUUCAGCCGAGGCGACCUGCUGGAGGUGGUGGACCAGACGGACGGCCAGUGGUGGCAGGCCCGCAAGCUGCCCUGCGCUGCGUCCUGCGCCGGCCUGAUUCCCUCCGCCAGCAUGUUGAAGAGCAAACAGAAGGAGCAGUGGUGGCGUCAACCGCUGCAGGUUCACACCUGCAUCAGACCCUUGCAGAUGGCUGAUAACGAGGACGAUCCACCAGCCGGAGACGAUAAACGAACCAUAACAGAUUUGGAAGAAAUAAACUUUGAUGAGGCCGACUCUGACAUUACUGAAGGAAUCUACCUGGCUGGUUUCCGACGGAGCUUCCGUCUGUGGAGGAGGACGUCCUACAGGAAGCGACGUCAGUCCUGCACCACCUGUUCGCCCAACAGCAACGCUCUGAACACCCCCUACGAGGAGGUGGCCCUGUACCAGCGCCCCCCGCAGGAGAACCACCGCCUCAUCAUCCUCGUCGGAGCUUCAGGAGUCGGAGUGAACGAACUGAGGAAGAGACUCAUCAAACUGAACCCCUCGACCUUCCAGAGUCCCGUCCCUCACACCACUCGUCCAAUCAGAGCCGGGGAGCAGUCGGGCAAAGAAUACCACUUUGUUACCAAAGAGCUGUUCGAGUACAUGGUCUGUAACCACAGGUUUGUCGAGUACGGGGAGUGUAAAGGUCAGCUGUAUGGAACCAGCACUGACGGCAUCGACGAAGUCCUGAAGCGAGGACGGAUGUGCAUCGUCGAUAUUGAGCCACACAGCAUCCAGCUGUUGCGGACGAAGAAACUGAAACCCUACGUGAUCUUCGUCAAAGCUCCCGGCCCAGAGCGACUGAGGCAAACUCGGAGAGACGCCCGGAUCAUCACCAACUUCACCAUCAACAGAACUUUCACGGAGGACGACUUUGUGGAGCUGGAGGAGGCCUCCCAGCUGAUGGAGGCCAAGUACAAGCAGUUCUUCGACAGCGUUCUGGUGAACGACGACCUCCAGGACGCCUGCAUUCAGCUCUGCUCCAUCAUCCAGCAGGCCCAGAACGAACCCCAGUGGAUUCCCGUGAGCUGGGGCCGGACGGAGGAGUAG